AUGCCAGAGUUAUUUGAAAAAAUCACAGAAGAACAAAAACUGGCCAUUUUGACCCAUUUUGGAAAAACAGCUGAAAGAUCAAAAUGUGACGUCAUUACAAUUAAGGAGUGGUGUUUAAAACAACCACAUUUGCCUGAUGUUCCAUGUGAUUCAAUGCUUGAAUCGUUUUUGAGACUAAGUAAAUACAAUUUUGACAAAGCAAAGUCACGAAUUGACAAUUUCUAUACUCUCAGAAUGAAAAUGCGGGAAUUUUUUCAAGUUGACAUUAAUCCGAAUUCCUCACAGUUGAGAAAUAAUACUGACUACAGUUACGUGAUUAAAUUGCCUCAACUGACCGACGAUUUAUACAGGGUGACUCUCCAUAAAUUAGUGACGAAAGAUUUGACUUGUUUUCAUCCACUUUUGACAUUUAUUUGGCAUUUUAAUCUUGCGAUUGUUGGAAUGAUCGAAGAUUGUCAUUGUGGCCAUGUGCUAAUUUAUGAUUUACAAAAUUAUGGUUUGAGUCACGUGACAAAAAUAACGCCAACUAUGGUGAAACGAGCGUCGGAAAUUUACAAAAAAACUUUGACAGCUUCGGUAAAAUCCAUACAUUUUAUUAAUUGUCCGUCUGUGAUUGACCAUCUUUUGAAAAUUGCAAGAAUUGCGCUAAAUCCAAAAAUUGUCAAACGGAUUUUCGUACACCAAUCUUUGAGCUCCCUGUAUAAGCACGUGCCGAGGAAAAUACUUCCGUGUGAUUAUGGUGGCGAGGAAAAAUCCUCUAAAGAACUAAACGAAAUUGUCAAGGAGAAAAUAUGGAAUUAUAAGAGUUAUUUUGAUCACUUGGACAGUUUACGAGUUGAUGAAAACUUACGUCCGGAAAAUUUCCACGACGAUGAUUUUCUCGGGUUUUAUGGUAACUUUAAGAAGCUUGAUAUUGAUUAGAGUAUUGGUAAAUAAAUGUAAAAAAAUGGAAAGUUUAGUUUUACUCCUUAUCGAUUUCUUAUAGCUUCCAUCGUAUAAUAUUACAGCUUAAAUUUAAGUAAAGCUUCUCUAACAAAAGCCUUCAUGGCGUACAAAGACACAUUAUUCGACAUACUGCCUAGUAAAGUAUUGAAUAUCCCCGGCGAACGUUGACGUUAUUUUAUAUUAAGGAUAAAUUUAGAUGAAUGCUCUUACACAUAUUGCUAAAAUAGGUAACUGACAGACACGGGAACUUAUUUUACAGACUAUUACAUACAAGGUGAAUAAAAACUUUAGGACCAAGCGUUUUUGCAUAAACUAAUUACU